UUUCAUGCCAUCCAUGAAGCUCUUGCGUUUGUUCAACCGAGGCAGAUACUGUCUACGAGAACGGAGCGUCGGGUCCCUCCUGCGAUCCACCGCAGCACGAGACGUGAUCUGUUGUCGACGAGUUCGCUGCCUCGCGCCGGUAUCACAUGCGCACACUGCUUACGCCCGUCUGGGUUCGGAUCGAAGAGUUCCCGAGCACGAGGACGAUGGUUUAUGGCUUCUCACAAGCGCCAGAACAACUCAAUCGCGCACACGAAGCUGGCGCGGUCCAACAGGACAUCAAGGCAGGGAAUGUGCUGUUGAUCGAGAAUUGUCUCGAGCCCGAGAGGCUCGUUGGUUUUGUCAUCGACUGUGACUACGCUGCGCUGAGUGAAGAGGCGCUGAGAGUUCUGAGGGAUGUCGUCAAGCCGAGGCCGCACCGACACUUCUUCCCGGAUCAGGACAAGGCGAACGAAGGGCAGCACGGGUACCCCCUCUUUCAUGGCAUUAGCGAUGCUUCAGAAAAAUCCGACCGCAAAGCACGCGCUGGGUCACGAUCUCGAGUCGCUGUACUGGCUGCUCAUCUGGCUUUGCUUGCGACACACGGAACAUCGGCUUGGUCCUCGGCGCUUCUCUGGGUUAUUCAAUACCGUGUGUCUAUUUCUCAUGAAGUCAUCAUCCCUCUUCCGCGAGGAAGACUACGCCCCAAGUGGCUUCCCUUUGUGGUCGUUGACAAGUGAUUUUCAAGACCUCGUCAUGGCUCAGAAUCUCUCUGGUAAACCGCCGACUGCACUCAAACCCUCCAUUCGACCUGGACCGCGACACAUCUUGUAUUCAGAUGUGCAGUCUCUCUUCGAUCAAGCCCUUGCUCUCAAAACCUGGCCCGUGGGUGGCCGCGCCCCCCGUGCAAGCUGCCGAACGAUGGAGACAAGAGGGCGGAACUUGACUUGAUAAACGACAGGAGGGGAUGACGGUUGCGCUGCAAACACUCCGUCGAAUGUCGUCCCGGAUUAUCGUUAUGAGGAUUCGGUUUUCACGAAUUAAAUCGUUCCGAAUGCUACAGCAAGUCCGAAUAUAAUGAACACUGCAAAGAUGACAGGUGCGGCGAUGUCGUCCAGGAUGACCGGAGCGCGAGUGCGCCGGCGGAAGAAUCUUUCAUCACCAACUGGAUGGCGAAAGAAUGAAACACUGCGUCAACGUCUGCCAGCGAUUCGAUGGCCGCAGCAUCCCUCAAGUGCUCUCAUGAAUGGGAAGCUGCGUCUGAGGGAGGUUUCCAUCGCUUCCCAGUGAAAAACCCGCUUCCGUCCACCGCAUAUCAAUCCAAGUAAUUUUCAUCAGUUCUCUCGAAUCGCAUGUGUUUCCGAAUGUAGCGCGCGCCUCAAUAACUCGCGCUCUUUCUCUUUCAACUCGUCGGAACAUGCCUCAUAGCAUCAAAAAUACCUCGAGUAUUACAUUUUGUCUUCUUGGAAACGACAUACUCGCUCGCUUAGUAAAUCAGGCAAGGUGGAUGGGUGGAUGGGAGCCUCGACCAAUCUG